AUGCAAGCAGUGCCAGCCGGUCCCGUCCCGCGCGACUGCCCGACCGAAGUGGCUGCUGUAGGAUUGGGAGUAAGAGUGGGAGGCUCUAGACAAGAACACAAGCAGUCCACGCUGGUCACGUCUCGCGCGAUUACCCGACUGAAGCAGCUUCCGGAGGCCCGGGAGAAAGAACUAAAAGCUCCAGACACGAGUGCACCGUGGAGCAAUAGUUGGACACCUCUAAAGAUGCGGGAUCGCCGCUUUCAGAAUCUCGAAGACGCCCGCGCCUGUCACGUCUCGCGUGAUUGCCCGACCGAAGCGGCGGCCAGAGGCUUUAGAGGAAGAACGGAAAGCUCGGGACAAGAAUGCUACAAGCGCGGCAACAUUUGGACACCUGUAGAGAUGCGGACUGAAGCGGCCGCUGGAGGCUCCGGAGGAAAAGCCGGAGGCCCUGGUCAAGAAUGCUACAAGUUGGCCACAUCGCCCGUUCGUGCACUCAGGAUGGUGGUGGUAGCUAUGGCGAAACUACAGGUGCAUACGGUUAAGGAUAUAGCGGAGGGGCUGGAAGCCCGGGAGAAGAAUGCUGCAGGUGUGGCAAAGUUGGCCACAUCGCCCGUUCGUGCACUCAGAACGGCGGUGGCAGCUACGGCGAAACUACAGGUGUAUACGGUUGUGGAUAUAGCGGAGGGGCUGGAAGCUCGGGACAAGAAUGCUACAAGUUGGCCACAUCGCCCGCUCGUGCACUCAGAACGGCGAUGGCAGCUAUGGUGGAGCCCCAAGUGGAUACCAUGGAGGAGGUAA